CUGUCCAAUAGAGUAAAGCAUUGUCUUAGGUGAUUGUUAGGUAAAGCAUUGAAAUGAAUUGAGGCCUCUGUGGUAAAUGCGUUGGUUAGGUUUGCGUUGUGUUUAGGUAAUAAAUAGGAGGCUUUGUGUAGUUAAUAAACAUUUAUCUUUGCUCUCUCCAAGACGCAUGGUGGUUGUGAAUUGUGAUCAAUGCGUUGCUUCCCCUUUCUCCUCAUUCUUCUAUUAAACGCUUCCCCUUUCUCCUCUUUUGAUAGAUAGAAAUAGUGUAGUGUAAUUAAUAUGUUAGGAAUAUGUCAACUCGGUUUAAUAAAUAUAGAUGGUGGUUGUGAAUUGUGAUCAAUGCGUUGCUUCCCCUUUCUCCUCAUUCUUCUAUUAAACGCUUCCCCUUUCUCCUCUUUUCUUCACUUCUCAAUUCGUUGCUUCUGUUCUUUUAUCUUCUCUCUUCUUUGAUCAACAGAAAUGGAUUACAAUCCGUUUACGCAGUCAUCAAACUUUGUUGGACUACUUACUAGCCAACAAAGUAUUUCCUUUGGUUCAUCUCAAGUUCCAACUCCAGUCUCUGAGGAUGUUGGUGAGCGUCGGGAACGAAAGAAGUGGACGCCCAGUGAUGAUAUUCUGCUGAUCAGCUCGUGGCUCAACACGAGCAAAGAUCCAAUUGUUGGCAACGAGCAAAGGUCAGGCACAUUCUGGACGAGAAUUGCAGCGUACUAUGCCGCUAGUCAGAAGGUUGCUGGCUGCGAAGAGAGAGAGGCUGGUCACUGUAAACAACGCUGGCAUAGGAUCAACGACUUGGUCUGCAAAUUCUGUGGCUCCUACGAAGCUGCUAAAAGAGAGAAGACUAGUGGCUGCAAUGAGAAUGAUGUGCUCAAAAAAGCACAUGAAAUAUUCUACAAUAACUAUAACAAGAAAUUUAAUCUCGAGCACGCUUGGAAAGAGCUGAGGAACGACCAGAAGUGGAGUGACCAAUCUUCUGCAAAAAACGAGGGAAACUCUAGCAAGAGGAAGGGUGAUGAUGGUGGAGAAACAUCGAACUCCCAAGGUACUGAACCCAAGCGUCCCGCGGGUGUUAAGGCGUCAAAGGCCUCUGGGAAGAAGAAUAUGGUGGAGGAGAAAGCGCUUAAAGAGUUUGAAAGUAUGUGGGCUAUUAAACAACAGGACUUGGCCGCCAAGGAUAAGUUGUCGAGGAUGAGACUACUUGAAUCUCUGGUUUCAAAAAAGGAGCCUUUAGCCGAGUAUGAAGAAGCCUUAAAGAAGAAGAUCAUCAGUGACAUUAUGUUUAAUUAGCGUCAGGACAGUGUGAAAAGAUGGAGCAAUGGGAGUGGAAUAAUCACGGAGUCUCUGUGGUCUUGCGGUCUUGGCGUCUUGUGUCACGGAGUGAAAGUGUAGUAGGUCUUGCGGUCUUGGAGUCUUGUGGUCUUGAAGUCUUGUUGUCUUGGAGUCUAGUGGUCUUGGAGUGUUGUAGUACUUGUAGUACUUGUGUCACGGAGUAAAAGUUUCUAGUGGAGUCUAGUAGUCUUGUAGUGUUGUUGUAGUCUUCUACUACUUGUGUCACGGGUCUUGUAUCAGACUUUGGUCCCAAUCUCUAUAUAUUAAGUCAUGUUGCGUUAAUGUUUUAUUCACAAUCUCUCUAUCUCACUCUCUCACUUUCGAACCAAGGUUGCAAAUAUCACAAACCAAUCUCAUUCUCUGUCUCUUUCUAUACCAAUCUCACUCUCUGUUUCUCAGCAAUCUCAUUCUCUCGUUCUCACUAAUCACCUUAAACCAAACACAUUAUCUCGUUCUCACCGAUCACCUUAAACCAAACACUAUAACCAAAACCUUAAACCAAACACAUUCUCUCGUUCUCACCAAAAACCUUAAACCAAACACUAUAACUCGUUCUCACCAUUCCCAUUAAACCAAACACAUUCACUGCCAAAAAAAAAUUAACCAAUUCCUAAUCUCUCGUCCUCACCAAACAAAACUCAAAAAAUGGCAUCUUCUUCUAAUAACACAUUUGAUGGAUCAAUUGAUGAUACUUUUGAUCAACAAUUUGAUCAACAUUUUGAUCAACAAUUUGAUCAAUAUUUUGAUCAAACGUUUGAAAAUUUUCCCACCAAUCAUGGUAAUCAAGAAAGCGAGAAAAAAAAGAAGAAAAAAAGAAUUUAUAUCGAAAGGAAUCGUGAAGAAGGUGAUAGACGUUUGUGGGAUGAUUAUUUCAGCGAAACCCCAACAUAUCCUCAUAAUCUAUUCCGACGACGCUUUCGAAUGAACAAGGGAUUGUUCAUGCGUAUCGUUAAUCGACUCUCCAAUGAAGUUGAAUUCUUUCAACAAAAGAGAGAUGCUCUCGGCAGGCUUAGUCUCUCUCCACUUCAAAAGAGUACAGCAGCCAUUCGUGUUUUGGCAUAUGGUAAUGCGGCUGAUGGGGUCGACGAAUACCUCCGUCUCGGUGCAUCUACUACUCUCUCAUGUUUGGAAAAUUUUGUGGACGGAAUAAUUUCUUUAUUCAGCGAAGAGUACCUAAGAAGACCAACACCUGCCGAUCUUCAACGUCUACUUGAUAUUGGUGAGUACCGUGGCUUUCCCGGGAUGAUAGGAAGCAUUGAUUGUAUGCAUUGGGAAUGGAAGAAUUGUCCCACCGCUUGGAAAGGGCAAUAUUCUCGGGGUUCGGGCAAACCAACAAUUGUUUUAGAGGCGGUUGCUUCAUAUGAUCUCUGGAUAUGGCAUGCGUUUUUCGGACCGCCAGGUACGUUAAAUGAUAUCAAUGUUCUUGAUCGCUCACCUGUUUUUGAUGACGUAAUCCAAGGUCAAGCUCCGCAAGUGACAUACUAUGUCAAUGGAAGAGAGUAUCGUAUGGGUUACUAUCUCACCGAUGGUAUUUAUCCGAAAUGGUCAACAUUUAUCCAAUCAAUUCCAUUACCACAAAGUCCGCAAGCAGUUUUAUUUGCUCAACAACAAGAAGCUGCCCGAAAAGAUGUCGAGCGUGCUUUUGGAGUCCUGCAAGCUCGCUUUGCCAUUGUUAAAAAUCCAGCACUUUUUUGGGAUAAAGCUAAAAUUGGAAAGAUUAUGAGAGCUUGUAUCAUACUCCAUAAUAUGAUAGUAGAGGAUGAAAGAGAUGGAUACUCUCUAUUUAACGUUACAGAGUUCCAAGAAGCAGAAGAUAACGGGAGUUCACAUGUCGAUCUUUCGUAUUCUACAAAUAUGCCAUCAAAUAUCAGCAAUAUGAUGGAUGCUCGAAGAAGAAUUCGUGAUAGACAAUUGCAUCAACAAUUGAAAGAUGAUUUGGUUGAACAUAUAUGGCAAAAAUUCGGACAAAGCAACAACUAAGCUGUGAUGCUUCUCUCAAAUUAUCCCACUUUAUUUGAAUAAUGUUUGUUUCAUGUUUUAUUUACAAAUCAAUGUUUAAAAUGUUAUCUUUUAAUAUGUUUUGUUUAAUUUUUUUUUUUUUAUAAAUAUUAAUUUUUAAUUUCUAAGAAUCUUUAUUUAAGAGACUAGCAUUGGAACACAUUAAAUGCUGUCGUCUCUUAACCAGAUCUCUUAGUACACAAUUACUAUUAAAUAUUAGUUAUGAUACUCAUAAUGGGUUUUUGGGUUGUACAUGCUCUAAAUGUGGUGUGAUUUUCAUUCACUCCUCGUUAGCCUUUUAUGAAAAUAUUGUAAUACUGUGAAAUUAUAUCUAAAACUCGUGACACCGGUUUAUAGGUUAGAUGUAUUUUAUCUUAUCCAGCGACAUAAACAGGAUAUCUUGACAUGAUGAGAUAAGAAAAUGUACUGGUCCUUGUAAAUUUGGACCGCAUGUCGGCCAAAAAAUCGUUUUGACUGAUAUAUUAAGCUCAACUUUUUUUUGUACCCGCAAAUUUAAAACGCUCAAAUAUUUGUUAUAACGCCAUCAAAACAGUGAUCAUUAUUCAAAAUUUAACUUAUAUGUGAUAUUUCCACUCGACUCAAUUAAAAUAGAAAUAAGCCAAGCUAAAAAAACAAAUGGUGACAUCAGAAGAAGGAAAAUCAAAAUGAUGAAUAAAGGGUGGUCAUGAUCCUAUGAGUCCCAUUAAUAUUUAUAUAUAUACACUUGAUAUUUGUUGCUUCUACAGUUUACUAUUCAUUUUUCACAUACAGCAAGAGUAAAAUUUUAAACGUGUCAAAAUAAAUCGUUGAGGUAGCACUCAGCAGAUCUAAUAAGUGGAUUGCCUCGAAUCAUAUUAACCCUGGGUUACUCUCGAGUACUGACAAGUAGAUAACGCCAAAGAAAAUGAUGUAAAAGGCCAAUAAUGGACUGUAAUAAAGGUGUGGUUCAGUACUCAUCGUGAAGGCGUAUCUAAUAUCUUCUUUCCCCAGCUACACGACUAAUUUACUCAAGUGCACCGUAUUUUUCUUGUACACGUAAACUAUUUAUAAGUCUACAUAGUUGUACAAUUGUAUAGUAUUUUAUACACUGUGCGUAGGUAAAUACGUAUGGCUCGUGUGGUGGUCCCCGCAGAAACCAAAGGUAGAGCCGUGUGGAGGGACCUCCCCCAAGUAAAACGAUAACCACACGGUAUCAGAUCCCUUGUCACUUUCUUGAAUUCAGUGGCGCCCUUUAACUCUAAAGGAACCUCCCCUAAAUAGAUACAGAACUAAUAUUCAUUUGUUUUUAAUAAAAAGUUGAUUUAAUCUUUUUGAUUGUGUUUCAAAAAAAAAAAAAAAAAAAUCUUUUUGAUUAUUGACUAGGUUUCGAAACGCGUAAUGACUUCUUCUUCUAGUACAGCCAAACAAGUAUGGUGUCUAUGUAUUUGCUGCGUAUAAGAUCGUAAAGCCCGUCUUUGGGUCAAGUCGAUGGAACCUAUACUUUAAGUGAAUAUUUUCUUAACUUUUCUUGACAGAAUUUCAGAUUUGAAGAUUCAAAUUAUCAUGUUUAUAAUAUUUCCAUUUUAACGAAGCGGCCAUUCUUUCUUUAGCCUUUGAAAUUUCGGAACCAAUACAAACCAUGACCCAUGAUGUCAUUAUACUUUUACCAAAAAAAUGAUGUCAUUAUACUGAAAAAUAGCUAAAGCUUUUAAUAGUGAUAUUAAACUUAGUUGUUGGCUGCUGAUCCAUAAGAAAUUGUUGGCAUAUGAUUUGCUUAAAGAAAAACCAGUGAAUAAUAUACGAAUUCGUUCAUUUUAAUUCAUCUGUACUUAACACUAUUAUAUAGAAAGGUAAGGGUGGAUGAGACUGAUGCUGGUUAAAUAACAUAAUGAUAUAUAAUUUUUUUGCAAUUUUUUAAAUAGAAGUUUUAGUUUUUAUCCAUUUCUUAUACUUUUUUUUCGUCAACACAAUUCUAUUGAUUUAUACAAGGAGUUCAUGAUCUUUUUAUUUUUGAACAGAGGAGGAGUUCAUGAUCUAAACUCUGGUUUUUGACUAUAUACAAGUUGAAUGAAUGUAUGUAUCAAAAUCAGAUAAGCUACAUCCACUUUUUA